CUCCGAGUCAGAGUCUUAAGACCUUCACUGCUACGCGAUUCACUGGCAGUAGAAUCAGCCCCCCCUUCCUACUCAAUUCCUUGUACCAGCAUGCCACCACCAUCAGAAGAACCACCGCGCGUUUCAAUCACCCGGUUCAUCGCAAGACUUUCUUUCAUCGCCCUCCUAGGCGGCCUCUCAGCCUUAGUGGCAAUCUCCUACCUAUGCACGACGGCUGCAUAUUCCUCUUCGGACAUACUGCUCUUCUGCGACCACUGCUCCAAGAUCGCGUUCUUUCAAACCUCUCGUCACUUGACAUGGGCCCCUGGACAUCAACCUGCGCGUCCGAAUGCAUGGAUACCGCAAACGCGGCAGAGAUCAUCCAUUCGCACCUCCAACACGUUCAUUUCAUUAUGGAUUUGCUUGAAGGUGCUGGUUUAAAGGAGAAUCGCCGUGUGGUGUUGAACGCUCGUAUAUUCGAUUAUGUCACGCGCGACGCGGAGAGGAGGGCGUUAUUGGAUGACCUAACCGCGUUUUCGGACCUUCGAAAGGAUGUGGAACGCGAGUAUGAGAAGUUUUUGAGUGCAGAUUUCGCGGUGGGGGUAGAAUUUAUCAUUCGAGAUUUCAAAUAUGCCAUUGACGAUUUGAACGCGACGGUUGGAUACGAACAGGAUGCCAGUACUAUCUUUCCCAUGCCCAAUCGCCACGUGAUGGUUGACGAUGCCUUGCGACGGUCACUCGACCAUUUUGUGAGGCACCUGGAGUUCCGAUUCAUGCUCCUCGCUAAAUUCGGCAUCCCCUCUCUCCUCGACGUGAUUUCCCAAGUGCAUAGUCACGGACAACGGAUUUCCGAGGAACUGCAGGCUGAGAUACCCAGGGUGCAAGAGGCAUACGAGAAUAUCCCGUGGUGGCAGUCCGUUGCGCCGAUAGAGAUGCUGGGGGAGGGGACUCAGCGGAGGGUCUUCACCAGUUAUCAUGAAUUUCUGUCUGCGAAGGCGGUGGAUAUCCGAGAACAGGUUGAGCAUGCGGAGAUAGUCUAUGAUCAUUUCGCGGUGCUGCAGGGGUACUUUACGUGGUACACAAACGGGCUGCCGAGUGUCAGUAGGGUUGUUGUGAAAAGAACGGCGGGGCGUGUUCUUACUGUUGCGAGGCUCUUGGAAGUCAUGGAGGAUCUCGAAUAUCGGAUGAGUUCGAUUAGGACAGCUAAGGAACCGGUUCACCGGUUCACUUGUCCUCACCUACAACUCCCAUAGAGGAUUUUUAGGUACAGUUGUAAGUCUAGGGGGUUGUAUUAAUAAUACUUAGAUGGAUGGAUGGAUAGAUGUUUUAUUGCCCGACUUUGCUCCUCAACAGAACCGCGUCGGGGUCCGUAC